AACUAUUUUACGUCAUCGCAUGACAGGUAGCCUAGAACUUUUCCGGAAAGGCUGGAAGGUUGCGCCUUGCGCUAGUAGCUUGCGAAUCACAAAGUAAUGUCGAUACAGUAAAGUCCAUGUAGUUUCUACAUCUAUCGUCAUAUCUUUACGGGACUUUUAUAUGGGACUUUUAGGUCGUAUUACUUAUCUUCGCUUAGUAGUCCUCUCAUGAAAAGGUUAGCAUUGGGAUAUAGACAGGGCAGAAGUAAUCUAAGGGCCGAGGAAUGUAAACCGGUUUCAGCUGACCUGUAAGGUGCCACUCGAGUUUCUGAACGGAUUUUCAAAACAUUUAGCUUCAAGCUCGUCGAUGGACGUAGCUGUCAAGAUGACAGUUUGGGUAGUUCACGUUGGUCCGUAGACGGAGGAGAAACGACCGGAUAGGGCAGCGGUGUAGAGGCCGAAGACGGGGAUCAAGGUUAAAAUAGACGAGAGAAGUUCCAUGAUAAAACGGAGUACCGAUUCUGCCCCGUGCAUCCAUCCGGAGUCUACUAGUGCAUCCAUCCACAAGCAAAUGGAGCUGGCAAUGACGCACCCUGCUCUCAAGGCCUUUGUGUGCGGCUCUCUCAGCGGGACCUGCUCCACCCUGCUGUUCCAGCCGCUGGACCUGGUCAAGACCCGCCUGCAGACCCUGCAGAAAGGCCGGAGCCCUGGCUCGAGGGUGGGGAUGGUGACGAUGUUCCUCAGUGUUGUUCGGACAGAGAAACUGCAGGGCCUUUGGAAGGGAGUCUCACCAUCCUUCGCGCGCUGUAUCCCAGGAGUAGGGAUCUACUUCAGCACGUUCUACUCUCUGAAGCAGCACUUCUUCCUGGAGCGGGCCCCGAGCGCCUGGGAGGCUGUGCUGCUGGGGGCCGGCGCCAGGACGGUGGCGGGAGUCUGCAUGCUCCCCGUCACCGUCAUCAAAACCCGCUUCGAGAGCGGCAGGUAUAACUACAGCACAGUGCUGGGAGCUCUGCGCAGUGUGUGUAGCACAGAGGGGCCCAGGGCGCUGUUCUCAGGCCUGACGGCCACGCUGCUCCGGGAUGCUCCCUUCUCCGGCAUCUACGUCAUGUUCUACACACAGACCAAGAGGGCCCUGCCCCCGGAGGUCACUUCCUCCCUGUACGCCCCCCUGGGUAAUUUUGGCUGUGGGGUGCUGGCGGGGGUCCUGGCCUCCGUGGUCACGCAGCCAGCGGACGUGGUGAAGACGCACGUCCAAGUGAGCCCUGAGCAGUACAAACGCACGCGGGACGCCGUGCGCUUCAUCUACGCGGAGCACGGCUUCAGCGGGUUCUUCCGGGGGGCGGUGCCUCGCUCCUUGCGUCGGACGCUGAUGGCUGCGAUGGCCUGGACUGUGUACGAGCAGCUGAUGGCCAGAAUGGGGCUCAAAUCCUGAGGGGAAGGACAGGAAGAAGAGUGGAAGAGUGGAAGAGAGGGACGGAGAGGGAGAAGUGCACAUUAAUAAGGAGGAGGGGUGUGUGUGUGGAGGGGUGUGUUCACUCAUGAUGAUGAUAUGAAAUGGGUUUCAGUGACCUGCUCCAUGGUCAGGCUGACCCACAGUACCUGCCAGAGCAGAACGGCUGUUCUCACACCGCACUGAGGCAGCGCUGCCGAACCCACCGCCCCUGUCUGAGCGACGCAGUAGCGCCUCGGCUGGGAGGGGGCCUCCCCCAUUAGCCCGGCUCCCGUGCGAGCACAAGCCUCACUUUGUCCGUCUGACUUUCGUUCUUCCUUGCCUUUGUUCAUGUAUUUAUAUUUUUAGACCGUGCUGGUAUAUGUGUUUUUCGGGGGCAGAGCAUGUCUUAGAUUUUGAUGUACGCUUGAAGUAGGGCAAAGGCGUUGAGAGAAGUGCUCUGGUUUGGCCCGGAGGUGGCUGUGCACGUCCGCCCUGCGCUACGCCGCGUUAGCACACCUGCUUUACGCGGACA